AUGCUUCUCCUCGAUUACCAAAAUGUGCUGAUCCAAUCGGUCCUGACGGAGCGGUUCUCUGGGGCUGCUCCGGUCAACAUCGAUCAGACGGUAUCGGAUUUCGACGGCGUCAUCUUCCACAUUUCAACUCCUGAGACCAAGACCAAGAUCCAGGUGUCCAUCCAGAUAAAAUGCUGGCGAGACCUCGUCAAGUACGGUGCCGAGCAGGUCCUCAACCGCGAGUAUGGCGAAUACGUUGUGCCCCCUGAGCCAGGCUACGACUUCUCUGUUGUAGUCGAUCUGGAGAACCUCCCAGCUGAAAAGGAGGCUAGAGACGAGCUUGUCAAGAAGAUCUCCCUACUUAAGCGCAACGCUAUGGCUGCGCCAUUCGAGCACGCCUACGAGGAGCACUACAAGCUGAAAGAGGAAGCAUCGAAGUUCACGUCUGAAGAGGCGCCGCAGGGUGUUCGAGAGGGUGGAGAAGUCAUGGCGAUUCACUACCGUGAGGAAGAGGCCAUCUACGUCAAGGCGAGCCACGACCGAGUCACUGUCAUCUUCAGCACCAUCUUUAGGGAGGAAACAGACCGUGUGUUUGGAAAGGUGUUCAUCCAGGAGUUCGUGGAUGCCAGACGGCGGGCUAUUCAGAAUGCGCCACAGGUGCUGUUCCGUACGGACCCGCCCCUGGAGCUGCAAGGCGUGCCAGGAGUGCAGAACUCCAGCACUGGUGAGAUAGGCUAUGUCACCUUCGUUCUGUUUCCGCGACACCUGACACCGCAGCGGAUGCCGGAUGUCAUCUCCCACAUCCAAACAUUCCGCGACUACUUCCACUACCACAUCAAAGCCUCCAAGGCAUACAUUCACUCCAGAAUGCGACGGCGUACGGCAGAUUUCCUCCAAGUGCUCCGAAGAGCAAGGCCCGACAGUGAGGAGAAGGAGCGCAAGACGGCCAGUGGACGGACUUUCAAAGUACAGGGCGCUUGA